UCCAUCUAUCGAUAAAGUAGUAAUGGUUUUAUCUUAAUGAACACCAAACAAACUUCACAGUUUACGUUAGUUUUUGUUCCUACCGAUGUCAAAAAAAAAAAUCGCGUCUUCUCUGUUCGGCGUAGUCUGAUAAAACUUAUUAUUAAAUUAAAAAAAAACUUACAUUAAAUAAUUUUAUACGCCAAACAAAGAAAGUUAAAGAUAAAAAAUCUAAUAGUUUCGAUUUUGUUCAAAGUGACAAAUAUUUUAUAUUUUCGAAGACGUAUGGCUAUAAUCCAAACGUGAUAUUAACCUUAAUUUUGUAAUAUCUGCUCGGAAUUUUAAAAACGAGCAGCAUGGCUAAAAUAGUUGAAUCAUUAAAAAGAUUAAGUGUUGAACAUGGUACACGUAAACAUGAUGAUAAUCGAACCGUCAAAAGAAAAAGCGAGUUAAUAUCAUCGAUAGAAGAAGCAGUAUCUCUUGAUCAUAAUUAUAUUCUUGCCGUCUGUGGAACACAAAGGCAAAUCUUGCUUUUUCUUAUGAAGCAGUUUAUGUCAAAUCUAUUAAAAAAAGUAUAUGAUCCAGAAUUUCGAAUUGGUACUGCUUUAUCUGAUCAUACAUGUGUAAUAUAUUCUGUUGGGGAAAGUUUAAACCAGACUAUUACAUUAACUCAUAAUCAAGCACCUAUUGUUGGUAUUAGGUUCAGUCCUACUUCUAGAAAUAUUUUAUACACAGCAAUGAAUAAUGGACAAAUUACAGCAUGUGAUUUACGAGCUAAAGGCAAAGUUAUUGCAAGGUUUAAAGAUAGUACAGAAGAUGGCAAAAUGAGACCUCUUUGCAGUUUUGAUGUUAGUUGUGAUGAAAAACUUGUAGCAGGUGGUACUGAGCAUAUUGGAGGAGAUGCAUUUAUUUUAUUUUGGGAUAGUCGACAUACUAAUUCAAAAUUGGAUGAUAAAAAUAAUCUUCUUGGCGGAUAUUGGGAAUCUCAUAUGGAAGAUGUAACCUCUUUGGCAUUUCAUUCUAGUAAGCAGGAUGUCUUAGCAUCGGGUAGUACAGAUGGACUGAUUAAUGUCUUUGACCUUACACAGCCAUCAGAAGAUUCUGCAUUAACUUAUUCCUUAAAUACUGAAUCAUCUGUGGAUAGGAUAGGCUGGUUAAGUGAUGAUAAUCUUUGGUGCACAACACAUAAUUCAUUACAACUUUGGGAUUGUGAUGGAGCAACUCCAUAUGCUAAAUUUGAACGUAGUAAUCUAACAGUUUCUCAAAAUGAUGAUCCAGAUGAUUGUUAUAUAGUUAGAUUUCAUGCUUCAAAUGCACUUGGACAACCAUUUCUCCUUGCAGGUUCUAGUAAUGUUAAAGGGGAAAAUUUGAGAUGUUUAAAUAUCAUAAAUGAUCGAUUAGAAACAUGUUAUAAUAUGAUAGGAAAUAAACAAAUAGUACGUGAUAGCUGGCUACAUGAAAAGAGUGGUUCCUUAAUAACAGUAGGUGAAGGUGGACUUAUAAAUAUUUGGAGACAAACUGAAACUAUACCUAUUCAACAAAAUUCUAGCCAUAAAUUGAUGGCAAAAAUUGGUACUGGCAAAGGACGAGAUCGUCAACACAGAACUAAGCCAUAUUAAAAUUGAUAGGAUAAAAAUUUGUAAAUGCAAAAAGAGUUUUUGUAAGUAAAUAUAAUAAACAGAAGAGAAAUAUUACGUAACAUUAACAUAAUCGUACAUUUCCCUCACGUUUUUCUUUAUUACAAUAACAGUUGUAUGUACAUUUAUAAUAAAUAGAUAUUAUUUCCUUAUGCGGUUAAUGAUUUAACAGCGAUUCAUGUAUCAAUCGAAAAAUGUAGCAUAUGUAUAUAUAAACGUUAAGGAAUGUAAAUCACAUAUCAGUAUGUAUAUAUCUGUAUAGAAUUGAAACA